AUGGCUGAAAGUUAUCCUUCGCAAUAUAUAACCACUGCGACCAUCCUUACUUUGGUAGCCGUCACUGGCCUGGCGGGGAAUGGCUUGACCAUCAUAUCAGUGUUCCUGUCCACCAAACUACAGACCAAGACCAAUGUCUUCGUGGUCAAUCUGGCGGUCGGCGAUGUGAUAACCUGUACUGGCAUUCUUGUCCAACUCGUGGCUCUCUUUUCACGGGGUGAACCAUUCAUUCCAGCCAGUUUUGGGGAUUUGAUUGCCAUUCUUGGAUCAGUGUCAAUGAGUUCCACCAUUUUGACCCUGGCUAUGAUCGGGAUAAUUAGGUGCACGAGGGCUAUAAGGUCUCCGAUCAUCUUCGACAGACUCUUCUCAACCCUGAAACUGACGCUGAUGGUUUUUCUCACCUGGGCCAUCCCCGUUUCAAGCAAUGUUCUAUACUACCUGGGAGGGGGGCGGAAUCUGUACGACUCGCAGAUCAAAAUGUAUAAAUUCGCGUUAUUGGAAAACACCGGAUUUGACAUUCCAGUCGCAAUCUUCUUCGUCAUCGAUGCAACGUUGGUCAUCGUCUGUACCCUGAUUAUGCUGAUUUGCUAUCUGAAAAUCGUCCUUCAUGUGAGAGCUCACACGAGGAGAAUAUCUGUUGAAUUGGGAGGUGUAUCUCCGUCAUCUCAGGCCCUAGAGUCAGGAAAUCGAGCCGAGCCCCCACUAAGUCAUCAAGCAGAGAACAGUCAACAGCGAUCUGGGAGGCCUGCACGACCUCCUCUUCGGUUUGAGGUUGAUUUGACAUUGACGUGGUUACAACGACAAAAUUUAAUGUAUCACAUUAAACAGCAAAUUAUCUUGAAAAACACAUAUUGA